AUGUCCGGCCCUUCGCCCCCUCUGCCGUCCAACCUCGUGGUCUUCGGCCCCGAUGCGAACUGCACGCUCGACCUCUGCCCCCUCGAGUACAGCCUGUACCAGUACCGCCCGAACCUCGCCGUCAACAUCCUCUUCCUCGCCCUCUUCGCCCUCGCCGCCGUCGUCCACAUCGGUCUCGGCAUCCGCUGGCGCACCUGGGGGUUCAUGGCCUUCAUGAUCGCCGGCUGCUUCAGCGAGAUCAUCGGCUACGUCGGCCGCAUCAUCAUGUACUACAACCCCUUCCAGUUCGCCGGAUUCAUGCUCCAGAUCAUUUUCAUCACCUGCGGGCCGGUAUAUUACACCGCUGCCAUAUACGUGACCAUAGGCAGGGCCAUCGACUCAUUCGCGCCGGAGCUCUCCCGCAUCCCCACCAAAGUCAUGUACUGGCUCUUCAUCUCCUGCGACGUCUUCUGCCUCGUCCUCCAGGCCGCCGGCGGCGCGCUGAGCACGACCUCGGCCGGCAGCUCCGACGUGGGCGUCGACCUCGCCAUGGCCGGCCUGGUGCUCCAGGUCAUCGUGCUGGUGGCCUUCUGCGCCCUCUUCGCCGACUACAUGGCCCGCUACACGCGUUCCGCCGCCGCCCGCCCGCUCACGCGUCGCGACAAGCUCUUCUUCGGCUUCCUCGCGCUGGCGAUCGUGCUGAUCCUCGCCCGCUGUGCCUACCGCGUCGAUGAGCUCAGCGACGGCUACAAUCAGUCGGAGAAGCUCACGAACGAGGGCCUGUUCAUCGGCCUCGAGGGAGUUCUCAUCAUCUGCGCCGUGUUUGCGCUGUGCAUCGGUCACCCCGGAAUGGUCUUUGGCAGGAGAAAGGUCAGCGAUGGCGUGCGCAAGGGGUCCAGUGCCGAAAGUGGCAUGGAGAGCGGCACAUCGCAGAUGGAGCAAAAGUGA